CCACGCCCACUUUUAAAGCAAACAAGCAGAAAAGUCUCACAACAAAAACAAACAGGAGAUAAUGAAUCGUGUUGAACCGACGAGAUGAUGUGAAAGAGAAUGCAUGCUUCGUCGGCAUGGAGCCGUACGAUCCUCGGGUUGAUCGUCAUAAUUGCUGGGCUUCAAGUUUUGCAUUUAAUUAUGCUGAGCCGGCUUGAGGGCCACCAGCAGCAAGAGGUGGAGAUCGUCAACAAUGUCCAAAGUUACCAGGCGGAAUUUGAAGAACGGCCUGUUAUUACGGUUGAAUCCGAGUUCUCGGACUUGCUAAGAAUGCUCCAGCGGGGUGGAGUCCUGGACACGAGCGGCCAGUACCGCGUGGUGCCGGCCCUGGCGGCGGCCAACGGCCACGCGACCGCCCUGGACCUGACGCUGGUCACGCAGUGUUCGGUGCAGCACCUGAGCAAGGUCGCGCGCCUGGCCGAGCGCUGGCAGGGCCCGCUCUCUGUGGCCGUCUUCGCCGAGGAGCAGGACCUGGGACGCGUCCUCUGGGGGAUUGCGCGUCUCAGGGUUUGCCGACCUGCCAUCAGGCAGCACGUGGCAUUUCAUCUAGUCAGUCCGCUUGGCGCGGCUGUUCAUCGAACGCCCAUCCUGCCGCCAGGCGCCGACGCCGGCUGCCACCCUGACGACACCGACCAUCGACAGGACAAAAAUUACGCCCGCUCCAGAGUGCCAUAUCCUGUCAACCUGGCGCGCAACGUUGCUCGCAGGGCCGUGCAGACUGAGUUUGUGUUUGUGGUCGAUGUCGACAUGCUGCCCUCUGCCAAGCUGCGGGAAAUGUUUCUUGCCUUCGCAGCCCAGGCUAAAUUAUUCGACAAAUCUCAGCGGGAUGACAAGACUGUGUAUGUCGUGCCGGCUUUUGAGGCAAAAGAAGGAACUGAAGCCCCGUCGACAAAAAAGCAGCUCCUGCAGAUGGCCAAGGAAGGCUUCAUUCGACCCUUUUAUUUCGAACUGUGCUGGAAGUGCCAGAUGCACACUGACUAUGAGGCCUGGCAGAAGGAAUCAACUAAUCAACAACACUUGGCUCCAUUUUUUGAAGUUCUAUGGAAAGAUCCGUGGGAGCCAUUUUUCAUAUCCAGAAAUUCCGCGCCUCUCUAUGACGAGCGCUUCAAACAGUAUGGAUUUAAUCGGAUUAGCCAGGUUUGUGAACUUCACGUUGCUGGUUUUAAAUUUUCUGUGCUAGACAACGCUUUCCUGGUACACGACGGCUUCAAAACGGCUGCCACUUUUCACAACACAAAGGAGACUGAGCAAGAAUUAAACAGAGUUUUGUUCAGACAGUUUAAAUCUGAGCUGAAAGACCGCUACCCAGAAUCAUCAAGAAGAUGCUAUUAACUUCAAUUUAACCAAAAGUGUGCGACAUUAAAUAUAUGCUUAUAUUAUUGUAUGCAAUUUUGAUAAGAAAAAUAAUUAUACCAAAACAAAAUUGAUAUCUAGUCAAACUGAUAUUAAAUUUUAGAAAAUAAUAAAAAUCUAAUCUA